AUGGUAACGUUUAAAACCUUAGACGACAAGUUAGUCAAGGUGGAAGUAGAGUUAGUGGAGAUAUUCUGCGUAGUGAAGGAUUUCUUCAAUGGCGACUUUGGUGACCUUGAACUGGAGAACACCGUUUUCCCUCUCCCGAACGUGUCCAGCUACAUUCUCAACCAUAUCGUCUACGUCUGCAAGCUGAGUCUCGCGGUCAUCUCGAAAUACGAAGCGGUGGAGAAAGAGAGGCAGGAGUUCGAGACGAAUUUUUUUGGCCAGCUGAGCGACAAGACGAUCGUUGAUCUGGUUAAGGCAGCGGACUACUUGGAGAUCGAGGAAGUGCUGGAUUUCGUGAUGCCGAGCGUUAGGAAGAGGUUUAGACUUGGAGACGACAAGGGCGUUGAAUUUGUCUAUACGGCUGAGGCAGAGGCAAUACUUCUCAGGAGGGCCGCGUCGGCAAGAAAACGUUAA